UGAGGCUGGGCCGACCUGGGUGUUGGCUCAUGGAUUAAUGAUAAACGAAAUGAUUCUUAGUUGAAAAGGGCGUUUUCUACGGGUACGAACAUGCGGGAACUUUUAGGGAGAACAUUCUGGUAAACUUUUCAGUGUCGACUGCCACAACAUGAAGAUUACUUGAUAUCACUGGUUAACAUGAAACUACCAUCUUCAGUUAGAGUUUUUGUCAUAGCGCACUACAUCUCACACGUCUGCAGUUCAGUACUAACAGGAAAGAGCCGAUGGUCGCCUGGUUUCUUGAGUCAAGUCCGUGACCUGUCUUGUGAGCCCGGAGAAGUCAGGAAUAACGUCACAUUCCUCCAUGGCACUAAAUCCGGGAAUUUCACCAAAUUAGGAAAAGUGUCUGACUUGGAAGUGUGUAUGUUGUUAUGCUGUGAGCUGGAUCGUUGCCAGGCUGCGUUUUUGGCGGGAAAGAACUGUUACUCGGUUACUUGUUUCACAGACAACCAUUGCGCAACUGCACCCGCGCUGAAUAACAAGUGGCAGCCAGUGGUGGCGUUCGUAAAGAGAUUACAUAAAGCAGUUCAUGUAGAAGCUGCUCACGAUGGUAACACUAUCAUUGACGCAAACGACGCUGGAAAGACUGGGGAGAGUAGCAGCAGUCAGAAUGGAAAGAAUGAUAACGCGCAGACCAAAAAGAAGGCGCAUUUGAAAAAUUUUUUCAAAGAAGAAGAGAAGACAAGCAAAAUGGAGCAGAACAGCGCGCGGGGAAAAAUACCAGCUGGCGGAAUGGCGGAUACUGUUGAACUCGAUGAGCUACAAACACAAGCUUUAUCAAAUAGAAAAGUUGCGCAUGAGAAGAGACACUCUGCAAAGUACAGUCUGGUGUCAGCGGCAGUAGCCACGUGUCUUAUGGCUUUUGUUCUCAGUGGAUGCGCGGUUGUGGCGGCGAGAAUACGAAAACGAAAAGAAAGCGUCAUGGAUUAUGCUCAAGUACCAAACACUCAAGAAUAAUAACGAAAAUAUGACAAGUUAUGGAGGCACAAGCUAUCAAAGUGAAAAGAGUUUAUCAAAGAAUAUAUAUUUUCUAGAAAAACAUGUGAAAAGAUGGCUAAGAAAUAAUCUAAAAGGC